UUCAAUGUCUAAAAGGCCUUUGGUUUAUUUUAUUGUAUAUAGAUUUCUGAUUUAGAGUGGAUACAUAUUGUACUUGUUGUAUGGAUGUGGAUUAUGUCAUCCAUGACAUUUAACUGACAUGUGUGUCCAAUAAAUGUAACUGAACUCUUCUGAUUAAAGUAAAACUUGAUCAUAAUGAAGAUAAGAAACAGCUUGACACACCUGUGAAGCUGAACCUUUGCUCCUUAACUAUCAGAGAAAACCUUGUUGAUCAGAGGGAGGGAACAAACCAGCAGACAGUGAGAGGAGGAACAACACUGGGAAGAGGAGAGCUUACACGUCACACUCAGGUACAAAAGUUAAGUUAGUCAGAGAGGCAGCCACACUGCAGUCGAGACUAGUCUCCGUUUCUGUCUAAAGAAAAUACAAACUGAGUUCAUCAGAUCUUUCUCAACAACACAGCAGAGUCUCUGUCAAACACUGAUAUGGCUGCUGCAAGCUACCUGCCAUCUGAAGAUCAGUUCCUCUGCUCCAUCUGUCUGGAUUUGUUCACUGAUCCAGUCACCAUUCCAUGUGGACACAACUUCUGUAAAGACUGCAUCACUGAACACUGGGAUAGAAGUGACAGGUGCCAGUGUCCCAUGUGUAAAAAAGAGUUCAACGCAAGACCUGAGCUUCACGUUAACACUUUCAUCUCUGAGAUGGUAGCUCAGUUCAGACAGUCGGCUCAACAGAAAGCCAGCAGCAGCAGCAGCAGCAGCUCAGAGCAACAAGUCUUCAAACCAGGAGAAGUUCCCUGUGACGUCUGCACUGAAACCAAACUGAAGGCCCUGAAGUCCUGCCUGGUGUGUCUGACCUCCUACUGUGAGACUCACCUGGAGCCUCAUCUGACAGCUUCAAGCCUGAAAAGACAUCAGCUGAUCGACCCUGUGGAGAACCUGGAAGACAGGAUGUGUCCGAAGCACGAUAAACCUCUGGAGCUGUUCUGUAAGACCGACCAGACAUGUGCCUGUAAGCUCUGCCAUGUUUCAGACCAUAAGACGCAUGAUGUGGUUCCUCUGAAAGAAGAAUAUGAAGGGAAGAAGGCAGCGCUGGGAAAGAAAGAGGCUAGAAUUCAGCAGAUGAUCCAGAAGAGACAACUGAAGAUUGAGGAGAUCAAACACUCAGUGGACCUCAGUAAGGAAGACGCAGACAGAGAGGUAGCAGAAGGAGUUCAGGUCUUCACUGCUCUGAAGGAGUCUGUUGAGAGAAACCUGAAUGAGUUCAUCCAAACAAUAGAAGGGAAGCAGAACAUGAGAAUGAAACAGGCUGAAGACUUCAUCAAAGAGCUAGAACAGGAAAUCUCUCAACUAAAGAAGAGAGGUGCUAAGGUUGAGCAGCUCUCACGGUCUGAAGACCACCUCCAGCUUCUCCAGGGUGUCCAGUCCUUAAACAUCCAACACCCAUCACCCACCAAGGACUGGACAAAGGUCAGCAUCCCUCCAUCAUCAUAUGAAGGGACUGUGAAGGGAGCUGUGGGUCAGCUGGAGGAGACGUUCAGUGAAGUGAUGAAGAAGGUGAUUGAAGCUGAGCUGAAGAGGGUCCAGAGGUACGCAGUGGAUGUGACUCUUGAUCCUAAUACAGCACAUCCUGGUCUCAUUCUGUCGCACGAUGGAAAACAUGUCCGUGAUGGUGAUGUGUUAAAGAAUCUCCCAGACUACAGAGAAAGAUUUUCUGAUGAUCUCUGUGUUUUAGGAAAGCAGAGUUUCUCUUCAGGCAGAUUUUACUUUGAGGUUCAAGUUAAAGGAAAAACCGAGUGGGAUUUAGGAGUGGUCAGAGAGUCGAUCAACAGGAAGGGAGAGAUCACAACGAGCUCUGAAGAUGGUUUCUGGGCUAUAUGGCUGAGAGAGGGAAAUUACUACAAUGCCAAUGCUGAUCCUGCAGUCUGUCUUUAUCUGAAGUCCCAGCCUCAGAAGGUGGGGGUGUUUGUGAAUUAUGAGGAGGGUCUGGUCUCCUUUUAUGACGUAGAUGCUGCAGCUCUUAUCUACUCCUUUACUGGCUGCUACUUCACUGAGAAACUCUACCCAUACUUCAGUCCUGGUGCUAAAUAUGGCCGUAAAAACGCUGCACCUCUGAUCAUCUCUCCUGUCAACUAAUCACUCAUCUUAUUUAAUGUGUUGAUUUGUUUUCAUUCAAGGGAACAAACAUCAAUAUUUGGAGUCAAAACUGUAGUUUCCAUCUAAUUUUCUACCAAAAUGUACUUUGGUGAUUGAUUAACAUAUGGUUUAGAUUCUGUAUACAGCACAUAAGUGGAUGAUUUAUUCAACUCAACAAUCAAAUAAUUAUCUCUUCAACACUUUAUCGUAACACAUGUGGAGAAUAUCUAUAUGAACGUUGGAUAAAGCUACAGAUUUAUUGUAACUAUAGUUAGAAUUGAUAAUAACAUUAAAUGUUUUAUAAUCAAUUGUUUUAGAGAAAGGCCUUUUAAUGCCUCUACUGUGUACUGUAAAAUAUGUGUAAUAGUUAUACUGCUAGAAAAAGUAAAAUGAAGUUAAAUAAUAUGAUAAAUCCUCAUUUGUGUUAAAAUGGUUUGGUUAAUAACUGUUAACUUGUAUAUCUACAUGCCAGGUUUUAUAUUGAUUACUGGUAAAUGGCUUAUGAAUCAAAGACAUCUGUAAAUAUGUGAUUGUGAGUUAAGAAAACAGUAAAAUAAACUAGAUGUUUGGUCUGAGAAAGCAGGGACUCCAGCACUAAACACUGAACAGAAAGGCCUGGUUUACACAUCAUUUGUAUUUCAUGACACAUUUCCUGUGGCUAAUUCACAUUAAAUAAAAUAUAAGUUGAUG